AUGGUGCAGAAGCUAACAGAAGAAUAUGCCAACCACGGCAUGUCGCUAAAAUGCGACAUCUACACCAAUAACGACUACCCUAAAGACACUCCUGUCUUCCUGUACUUUCAUCCCGGAGGGCUUGUUGACGGGAACCGUGAUCUCAUCGCGCCUUGGUUGGUUCAGACGUGCAUUCAGCGCAAAUGGCCUCUAGUCUGUCCAACCUACCGUCUUCUCCCCCAAGCUGGCGGAGAUGGUCUCCUUCAGGAUGCCUCAGCAGCCUACGAUUUUUCACGAAACUGGAAUACUUUACCGAAUUCCCAAAGACGAGUCAUUGUGGGAGGUGCCAGCGGCGGCUUCUUCAUGGCCGCCAUCAUCGCCCAUCACUGCAGCCCCAAGCCUCUCGCCCUCCUCUCCAUCCAAGGCAUCAACACCUUUCGCCACCCCUUCUUCAACUCAUCUCUUCUAGAAGAUAUCCCCCCUUCUACAAUGGAGAAAUACAUCACCGGCCCAGUGCAAAGCGGCGAUGACAUGCGUCCCGAUGAAUCCGCCUUUGUCCUUGACAAACUAACGCCCGACGGCGCCAAGAAUCCUAGUUACAGUCCUCCUGAAGCUGGAUCAGAUAUUCCUAGUAUUUACCGCGGCAUGCUCUAUGACUACUAUACGUUCAACAACUCCUUUGUCGAUCUAGUCGGAUCUGUAGAUCCCGGAUACCAGUGGGCGAAACUUCCCGACGCCAAAGACCGCGUCGCGCAAUGGCCCAAGACAGUCAUCUUUCACGGCAAUAACGAUCCUGAUGUGGUGCUCAACGUGAGCGAGGAUAUGCGUGAUUGCUUAGGCCAGGACAAAGUCACACUAAUCAUUGCCGACGGGCAGCCUCACUUAUAUGAGCUGGAAAAAUUCAUUGAGGACGACGCUCCGGGAAUGGACGUUGUAAGACAAUCUGUAGCACGGUUGGAUCAGAUUGUGGCCUCAUCAUAA